AUGGGCUUACAUUUCAAGUGGCCAUUAGGGGCUCGUAUGCUGGCAGCACUAUAUGCAAUGAGUAUGGUUUUAAAAAUGCUGCCUGCCUUGGGCAUGGCUUGUCCACCAAAAUGUCGCUGUGAGAAGCUGCUCUUUUACUGUGACUCUCAGGGGUUUCACUCAGUGCCAAACACCACUGAAAAGGGCUCGCUAGGUUUGUCACUGAGGCACAAUUAUAUUUCUGAACUUGAAAGGGAUCAAUUUGCAAGCUUCAGUCAACUUACUUGGCUUCACUUAGAUCAUAAUCAAAUUGCAACAGUCAGAGAAGAUUCUUUUCAAGGACUGUAUAAACUUAAGGAAUUAGUCUUAAGUUCCAACAAAAUCUUUCAUUUGCCAAACACAACUUUUAGCCAGCUGCUUAACCUGCAGAAUUUGGACCUCUCUUUUAAUCAGUUAUCCUCUCUGCACCCCGAGCUCUUCUACGGCCUUCGCAAGCUACAGACCUUGCACUUGCGAUCCAACUCCCUGCGGACCAUCCCGGUCCGCCUGUUCUGGGACUGUCGUAGCCUGGAGUUCCUGGAUUUGAGCACAAACCGCUUGCGAAGUUUGGCUCGCAACGGAUUUGCGGGAUUAAUCAAGCUGAGGGAGCUUCACCUAGAGCACAACCAGCUGACAAAGAUUAAUUUUGCUCACUUCCUCCGGCUGAGCAGCCUGCGCACGCUCUUCUUGCAGUGGAACAAAAUUAGCAACUUGACCUGUGGGAUGGAGUGGAGCUGGGGCACCUUAGAAAAGCUCGAUUUGACUGGAAACGAAAUCAAAGCCAUCGACCUAACCGUCUUUGAAACUAUGCCUAACCUUAAAACCCUCCUAAUGGAUAACAACAAGCUCACCACUCUGGAUUCCAAGAUCCUAAGUUCGCUGACGUCCCUCACCACCGUGGGCCUCUCCGGCAAUCUGUGGGAAUGCAGCUCAAAGAUCUGCUCCUUGGCCACAUGGCUGAGUGGCUUCCAAGGUCGGUGGGAGCACUCCAUCCUCUGCCACAGCCCCGACCACACCCAGGGAGAGGAUAUUCUGGAUGCAGUGUAUGGUUUUCAGCUUUGCUGGAAUUUAUCAACUGUUGUUACACCCGUGGCUACGACAUACCCAGCUCCCACUACUGAGUACACGAAAAGAAUAAGCUCUUCUCAUUUCCAUAUGGGAGACAAAGAGAUUCCAACCACGGCAGGCAUGGUCGUUACCACCGAAGAACAUUUCCCAGAGCCAAACAAUGCCAUCUUCACUCAGAGGGUAAUUACAGGAACAAUGGCUUUAUUGUUUUCUUUCUUUUUUAUCAUUUUUAUAGUGUUCAUCUCCAGGAAGUGCUGCCCUCCCACACUAAGAAGAAUUAGGCAGUGCUCAAUGAUUCAAAACCACAGGCAGCUCCGAUCCCAAACGCGGCUGCAUAUGGCAAAUAUGUCAGACCAAGGACCCUAUAACGAGUACGAACCCACCCACGAAGGACCCUUCAUCAUCAUUAAUGGCUACGGACAGUGCAAGUGCCAGCAGCUGCCCUACAAAGAAUGUGAAGUAUAA